UUUACUUUAUUUCGCAAAAUUGUAGAGCUAGGGUUUAACACUACUGCCCUAAUUUCAAAUUGGUUCAAUCUCAAUUGUAUCGAUUUUGUGGUUCAAUUAGGUUUUGCCUCUCUAAUUGAAUGGGGGAUCGGAACACCGCUGCUCCCAAAGCAAUAUGGCUGAAGCAAGCCGAAGAAGCCAAACUCAAGAGCGAGGCCGAGAAGGCCGCGGCUGCAAAAGCCGCAUUCGAAGCCACAUUCAAAGACGUUGCGAAUAAAGCUCGCGAGAAGCAACCGGGUUCUGGUUCUGAUAGUGAUUCUGAAGACGAUUGGGAGGAGGAUUUGAGCAACAAGCCCAUCGGGCCAGUGGACCCCGCCAAAUGCACGGCUGCUGGUGCGGGUAUUGCUGGUGGCACGGCGGGUGCUGCGUCUUCGUUUAUGGUUGUGACCAAGGACUCGGAUGGGAGGAAGGUGGCUAAUGGAGGUGCUCAAAUAAGUGUGAAGGUUGCACCGGGUGUAGGAGUGGGCGGUUCGGAGCAGGAGGGGAUUGUUAAGGACAUGAAUGAUGGUACUUAUACUGUCACUUAUGUGGUUCCUAAGAGGGGUAAUUAUAUGUUGAGCAUUGAGUGCAAUGGUAAACCCAUUAUGGGUAGUCCCUUCCCGGUUUUCUUCAGUGCAGGUACUUCAACUGGAGGACUGUUGGGUAUGGCUCCUGCCUCCAAUUUUCCUAAUUUAGUCAACCAAACUAUGCCCAACAUGCCAAACUAUUCUGGGUCAGUUUCAGGGGCAUUUCCUGGAUUACUUGGAAUGAUUCCAGGUGUUGUUUCUGGAGCUUCUGGUGGUGCUAUUUUGCCUGGAAUGGGAGCAUCACUUGGGGAGGUUUGUCGAGACUAUCUUAAUGGUCGUUGCCCGAAAACUGAUUGCAAAUUGAACCACCCGCCUCACAAUUUGCUAAUGACUGCAUUAGCUGCAACAACCAGCAUGGGGACUCUCAGUCAGGUGCCUAUGGCGCCUUCUGCAGCCGCAAUGGCUGCUGCUCAGGCUAUUGUUGCUGCCCAGGCUCUUCAAGCUCAUGCUGCUCAGGUUCAAGCACAACAGUCAACCAAAGAAUCGUCUGAUGACAAAGCAGGGAAGGCUGAUGCUUUGAAAAGAACUCUACAAGUUAGCAAUCUUAGCCCACUUCUUACUGUGGAACAGCUGAAGCAACUUUUUAGCUUUUGUGGCACAGUUCUUGAAUGUACCAUAACUGAUUCAAAACAUUUUGCCUACAUAGAAUAUUCAAAACCUGAAGAAGCAACUGCCGCUUUGGCAUUAAACAAUAUGGAUGUUGGAGGUCGGCCAUUGAAUGUUGAGAUGGCUAAAGCACUUCCACCAAAAACUCUUGUGAAUUCAUCACUUGCUUCUUCUUCUCUGCCAAUGAUGAUGCAGCAAGCUGUUGCCAUGCAACAGAUGCAAUUCCAGCAGGCUUUGCUGAUGCAACAAACUCUGACUGCGCAGCAGGCAGCUAACAGAGCUGCAUCUAUGAAGACUGCUACAGAGUUGGCUGCUGCUAGAGCUGCAGAGAUAAGUAAGAAGUUAAAAGCAGAUGGACUUGGGGAUGAUGAAAAGGAAACAAAAGAAAAAUCCAGGUAAUAUGGAUUCUU